UCCAAAUUUCAUCCUCAGACACCAGUUUCAACGACAAAAAAAGUACGGACAUAUGUAUAUUAUAUUGCUCCAGAUUCGGAUUCUUGCUCAUGGCGGCUUCGCGCUUCUAAUCUCCCCAAUCUGAGUGCAGCCCUUACUCCAGUUUCUUCGCAUUUCUGCGUUUCUGUUUCUGAAAGGUAUAAAGGCUGUUACUUGGGAAAAAAAAUGAGAAACAAUUUGCCUCAGUCAUCUUCCUAUGAAUCUGCUCUGGAAGCACUUUCGUCCUUGAUAACACAGAAAAGUCGUGGAACAAUGGCUCCAGUAAUCAGGAGCAAGACAAAAUUAGAAAGGAUGAGAAAGUACGUUGAGAUUCUAGACCUAGUAGAAUGUGUAAAGAAACUAAAAAUUAUUCACGUGGCUGGAACUAAGGGAAAGGGUUCCACAUGCACCUUUUCUGAAGCAAUUUUACGGGAAUGUGGUCUUCGAACUGGACUUUUCACUUCCCCUCAUCUCAUUGAUGUGCGUGAGAGAUUUCGUAUAAAUGGAUUGGAUAUAUCAGAAGAUAAAUUUCUGCAUUACUUCUGGGCAUGCUGGAGACAAUUGACGGAAAGUGUUACAGAACAUCUGCCAAUGCCUGCACUAUUUCAGUUUCUUACAUUGUUGGCUUUUAAAAUAUUCAUAGAUGAAGAGGUUGACGUUGCAAUUAUUGAAGUUGGUCUUGGGGGAAUGUACGAUUCAACAAAUGUGAUAGAAGAACCUAUAGUCUGUGGCAUCACUUCGCUUGGGAUGGACCACAUGGAGUUAUUAGGAAACUCGCUAAGCCAGAUUGCUUCGCACAAGGCUGGAAUUCUCAAGCCUCGAGUUCCUGCAUUCACAGUACCACAGCUUCCAGAAGCAAUGGAUGUUAUCCAGAACAAGGCACGUGAGUUGAUGAUCCCAUUAGAGGUAGCUGAACCGCUUGACCAUAAAAAGCUAGAUGGAUUGAAGCUUGGCAUGUCUGGUGAUCAUCAGCUUGUUAAUUCUGGUCUUGCUGUUUCCCUUUGUAAAUGUUGGCUUCAGAGGACUGGAAACUGGGAAAGGAUGUUCCUAAAUGGUUUCAAAGUGGCCAAAAUACCAGAUGCAUUUCUUAGAGGUCUUUCAACAGCAAAUCUUUCUGGGAGAGCACAGACAGUUUAUGAUUGUUAUGCAUCAUCAUUUAAUUCUUCAACACAGUCUGAAAACUCGAAUGGAGAUUUAAUAUUCUAUUUGGAUGGAGCUCAUAGCCCAGAAAGCAUGGAGGCUUGUGCUAACUGGUUCUCUAGUGUUGUGAAGGGAAAUCAUAAGUCGUUACAUUGUUUUAGUGCUGAAAAUGUGGACAGAGAUUCAGGAAAUGAUGAUGUAAAAGUCCUGCAGGAAGCUGAGUCCACAAAGUUGUCAAAGCAGAUUCUCCUAUUCAAUUGCAUGGAAAUGAGAGACCCUGAAAUCUUAUUUCCACGACUUGUGAAUACAUGUGCUUCCUCAGGUGUUCAUUUUUCGAAAGCCCUUUUUGUCCCUACCAUGUCAACAUAUAGCAAAGUCUCUUCCAGUAAUUCGGUGACUUCGUCAGAUAUUAUAAACAAGGACUUGUCGUGGCAGCUCAACCUCCAGAAACUUUGGGAGAAGAUUAUGCAUGGGAAGGAACGAAUGUGAUGAUGCAGCAAAGUAAUGGUUGGCUGUGCAUGAUAACCCUCUUUGAAGUUUUUGUAUUGCUAUAAAAAAGUUGCAACUCACAGGCAAGAUAAUUAUACUUAGUUCCCUAGAACUAUACUUAUAUCUGAUCAUGCAGCAAAGCAAUGGUUCUAGAACUAUACUUAUAUCUGAUCAUGCAGCAAAGCAAUGGUUCUGUUACUCAAAUGAUUCCACAAUAGCAGUUCGUUGGACACUUUUCAUGGAUGAACAGCAUUAUAAGGCUAUUGAUAGCUUAAUGCUAAAUUCAUGGAGGCUUUCCUUUUGUAAAUGGUGGUUUAAUAUAUGAUUCAACUAAUGAUUUAUGGUUUAAUUGUUUUAUUUGAAUCUUGAUCGAACAUGGUUGUCAUCUCAUCUGCUUCUGCAGAACCAGAUUCUAUAUCCGAAAAGGAUCUUAAGCUCGACCACGAGCGAGGUUUGCCUCCUCUGUAUGAGGACUUUCACUCAAGUCUGUCGGAUAACAAAUUCAGUGGCAGCGCAGUGAUGCCUUCAUUGCCAUUGGCGAUAAAUUGGCUGAGAGAUUGCG